CCUGUCACUUGGAAUUACGUUCUCGAGCGACUCGGACUUGUUCGAUAUUCGCGAUCGGUUCGAUUCUGCUUCUUCGUUUUUCACGCAUUUUUCACCUUCCGACUAUUCGCUCUCGCGUCCAUCGUAGAGACAGUGAACCCUGAAGCGUCCAAAACUCUGUUGGUUUUUUUCUUUUUUUCUUCAAUCUUUGGGAAUUCUCUGAUGGCGAGGUCAUGGUGCAGAUUGCUGACGUGGAUUCUCGGUCUGACGACGUGUGUCUCGCGCGGGGCUGCCAACGAGUCUCAGAAUUUGGAUUACCAGAACGAGUGGGUGGUCCGAGUAAAGGGUGGUUCUCACGUGGCAUCCCUUCUGGCAAUCCAGUCAGGAUACAGACAUCUCGGUCCCGUUCUCGGAUUUAAGGAUACUUACUUGUGGACCAAGGACUAUGGCCCAAGUCAAAGGAAAAGGGCCGGCCCUGGCGUGGACCCGGGAUGGAGCACCAAGCUCCUGUGGGCCGAACAACAGAAGACGUUCAAGCGGCACAAGCGCGACUUCUUGGCCUUGAACGAUCCUGACUCGGAGAAGCCUCUGCUGCGAGAAAAGCGACUUCCGCCUGAGACGGAAAUGAUAAUGGGACCUGGGAAAAAUUCAGAAAGAGAAAAACGCUCCGCGGAAGAAACUGAAAGCUCCAGCAUGUUCGACGAUGAACUGUGGGAGCAGGAAUGGUAUCUGCAGGACACCAGAGCCAGCAAGAGUUUACCGAAACUCGAUCUGAACGUUUUACCCCUUUACCGACUAGGGGUAACCGGCCGUGGGAUAAGGGUGGCUGUCCUGGACGACGGCCUCGAGUACACGCACGAGGAUCUUCGUAAUAACUACGAUCCCGAAAUUAGCUACGACGUUAAUGAGGCCGACAGCGAUCCAAUUCCACGUUACGAAUCGACAGGGAUGAACGGACAUGGGACCAGGUGCGCAGGGGAAAUAGCCAUGGAGGCGAACAACCAUAAGUGCGGCGUCGGCGUGGCGUUCGGAGCUUCCGUCGGCGGAGUGAAGCUCCUGGACGGCGUAGUCAACGACCGGGUCGAAGGGGAGGCUCUGGGAUUCCGAACGGAUCUGGUCGACAUCUACACGGCUUCCUGGGGACCGGCGGAUGACGGCAGGAGUCUGGAAGCACCGGGACGCCUUGCGACGGAAGCCCUGGAGCGGGGAGUGCGGGAGGGCCGCGCUGGCAAAGGGAGCAUCUACGUGUGGGCUUCCGGAAACGGAGGCUCGAAUUCCGACGACUGCGGCUGCGACGGUUACGUAGGCAGCAUCUACACGGUGGCUGUGGGAUCAGCCAGUCAGAUGGGCCGAUUUCCAUGGUACGGCGAAAGAUGUCCAGCGACACUCGCGACUACCUACAGCAGCGGAGCUUAUCACGAUCAGAUGAUAGCUACGACGGACUUGAAGAAUUCCUGCACGACCAGGCACACAGGGACGUCAGCUUCCGCUCCUCUGGCUGCUGGGAUAAUAGCUCUGGCCUUAGAAGUAAACGACAAUCUCACCUGGCGAGACGUGCAGCAUCUUAUAGUAUGGACGUCGGAGUACAGUCCGUUAAGAGACAAUCCUGGCUGGCUGCGAAAUGACGCUGGAUUCUGGUUCAAUCCACGUUUCGGCUUCGGCCUGAUGAACGCGCACGCCCUUGUGAUGGCAGGCUUCAAUUGGACUAGGGUCCCGGAUAAGGAGAUCUGCAGGAUCGAGCCGAGCUUCCUAUCCAAUGCUAACCUUCGAUAUGGAACACCUGUCAGCCUGGAGUUCGAGGCGAAUGCCUGCGAGGGAGAGGGGAGGAUGAUCGAGUUCCUGGAACACGUUCAACUCGAAGUCAGCCUCAACUACAGUAUUCGCGGUGCACUUUCCAUGCACCUGACUGCGCCAUCAGGGCUCGAAGUGCAAAUUCUGAGGGCGCGAAAGCUCGACGAGUCGCCGGCUGGUUUCGCAAAGUGGAGAUUCUUGUCGGUCGCCUCCUGGGGUGAAAGACCCGAGGGCACGUGGACCCUUAGGAUAUCCGACGAGGUUGGUCCCCCCGAAAAUAAUGGAACGCUCGGGGACUUUGCCCUGAUCUUACACGGCACCAGAGAUCUUCCGGAUUACAGAAGCAAAGGGUCAAGGGUCUACGAUGACGAUUACAACAGAAUUCGCAAGACGAACAAAGUCGACCUCUUAGAUGAUAAAGAGAUAAGAGACGUCGACGAGAAAGACGACUGGAGAUUGGCGAAUCGGAUUAUGGGGAGCUUCGAAGGAAAUUGGAUAAAACGUUUGCUGUUCGCUAAUUGAUUUACAUAUAUAAACGUGAAUAAUAAAAGAACGCGGGUACUGCCCGGAUC